AUGGCGUCGCAGUCGACGGCACCAAAGAGGAAGUGCGGAGGUGGGGGCGUUCUAGGCUUCACAAAAGAAAGUUAUUCUAUGGUGACUAGAAGAAAGCGCCGGAGCGGAAGUUGGACGCCGGGCAGCGGUAACUUGUUGAGCCUGAAACAACAUUCUCGCUAUUCAUCCCAGCCCAUGAGUGAGCCAACUGCUUUGAGGGAGAGAGAUCCCUCAGGCAACUGGACUGUAACGGAUGAUAUUUCCAGCAGAGGUUCUGGCACUUUGAAAUCCAAGCUGAAGCCCUUGUGUGCUGAGAUGGCCGCUGGACUAGUAGGCACAGAGUCUGUCUCCAACGAUUCCACCUCGAGGAAAAGGAAGAAUUCUCAUUCUGGGACUGAUGUCCUUGGGAAUGGCAUCAGAAAUCCUGCAGAGCAGGACAAGGUUGUUGGGACCAGCCUUGCAGAAGGUCAACACAGUCCAUCUCCCCAAAGACAGGAAGAUGAAGAAAUGGCUUGCCAGCAGUCAAGAACCACUGCUCCCAUGGUUCCUCUUUCUGAGGCAAACUUAAUUCCUAAGAAACGGAAACUUGUCCUUCACAUUGAUUUGAACAACACCAUCCUAGUCUCUGAUGCUGUCACCAAUCAGGACCCUACAGCUGCUCUAAAUUACUAUUUGAGUACUGUGACCUGGGGAAAACUCAGCCCUACAGGUGAGUGGCAGUGGCUCAGUGAGUCCCCCUCAUUGCUGCCUCCCUGCCCGGGUGCUGUGAGCUUUUACUCUCAUUUUGGCCGCAACACCAAAUUCAUUGAAACGCCGGAAGGGCAGCAGUUCCGGGACCUUCACAGGCGCCACCUGAAGCUGCUGGAAUGGCAGGGCCAGCCUCACCCGCUGCUCUCCAUCAAAGGUGAGGAAGCCACGCACUACCACUUAGUGCUGCCGUCCUUCUUCUACCUCUUGGAGAGCCUGCACCGGGAAGGGAGGCAGUUUGCCGUCGUCUUCCGCACCUUCGGCACGGACCUGCCUCGCCUCCUGCCGGCGGUGCACUGCGCCCUGGAGGGGCAGCACCCCCACUUCCCCACUCUGCGGGACAUCUUGUUGCCUGUAAACCUCACUCCUGGAAAGAUACGUUGCAGCAAGAAAAAAGUAGUGUUGACCCACGGAACGGAGCAGCGUUCCACUGAAGAUGGCGACAGGGAGAUGUAUGCAUACUUCAGCUCCAGGGAAGGCCUCUGCGGCUUCCAGGACCACUUUGAUUGGUGGUCCAGGAAUCAGUUUUCUAGCCAGGGUGGGAAGCCCCUUUGGAUUGACCCUCAUGACUCAAGCAUCCACCACAUCUGUAUUGAUGACAACAUUCGGCUGGACGAUUCUGACACCAUCGUCCAUCCUCAGGUGUUCUCAGGGCCUGGAAGCUGCUGUCUCCGGACGACUCCCACCUCAGAGCUGUACGAUAUUUGUCUAGUUCAAACAGACCUCCUGGAGGCCAUUGCCGACGUGAGCUAUUUCUGCCACUGCAUAAGACGGUGCGAGGAGAACUAUGAGAGAUACUUGGCCGGGGCUCCGGAUUGCACCUAGUGGGUAUGACUGAGCGGCGGGUGCGGAGGGUCUCUCCAGAGGAGACUUGGGCCCCCUCCCUGUGCCCUCCUGCAUGGUGUGGUGCUUGCAAGGUUUGAAGAGAGUCUUCUGCUUGGAGCUCCUUGGUCUUUGGACUUCCCAGCAGGGCUGUUCCCUGCACCUGUCCCAACAGAGUCGGUGUCUUUGCUUUAACCUCUGUGCCGGAAAUUCCAAAUGCUCCUUUGGAACUGUCAGCAAGCCCAGGAAACACUCCGCACUACUCUCUCUGGUGCUGUCUCCAGGGCAGCUGAACAGAUGUGGUUUCCUCUUAAUAUUUAUUCAGAAUGGCGGUGUGUGCAUGUGUGUGCUCAUGGAGAUUUCCCUGCCACAGAGAUGGCCUACCCUCCGCCUCAGAAAACCUUACAACCAACCCAUGGGCCCCUUCCUGCGUUGUGCGGGAAACUGCUGGUCUGUUAACACAGCCCAACUUUCCAAACAUUAAAAUUGACUCCAGCUGCUCUUGUUUGUUCAUUGGCUGUGAUGGCUGCUGACCCCACCGCGUGAGGCCGAAUGCUAAGAAGGCCCUCGUGGGAAAGGUUUCGGGGAUUAAGAGUUGCUUCUGGUAUUGCCGAGCAGGGGGCAAAAGAAGUUUCAAAGGCUUGUGAAUGUAUCCAUUUCAGGGAACCCUCCACCUCUUCCUAUCCAUGACCAUGCGCGCUGCAAGAUUAUCUAGGCUUCCACAGUGUUUGACUU